AUGCACGACAGUUCAACGGUGACGGACUCGAAGCCACAGCAAGCCUGGAACAUUUGUCCUUUAACAAAAUUUCAACUCAGUGUCGUUAUAAGCCUACUGUUAGCUUAUUCGCUCAUUUAUCUCAUUUACGCACAACAUCAUGCUAUUUUGUUUUAUAUGAUGACAGGAUUAGUAGCUGUGCUUAUGGCUUCACUGUACACAUCAGGUCUCCUAGCUGUUAUAUAUAUGCUGAUAAUGAUCAAUAAAUUUGAUAAAGAACUGGAACACUGCACGACUACGAUGAUUGCUAUAACUGAUGUUAAAGUAACUAUAGUUGAUAUUAAAUCACAGAAGUAA